AUGAGCUUGAAAGAAGUAUUCGAACAACAUCCAUGGAGGUCAUUUAAGAAGUUCAAUGAAGCUGCAAAGAGUUGGGGAUUUACUAACAGAGCUGAAGUGAAAAGGUUCUUUGACAAAAAUGUUGUACAUCAAACAAAA